AUGGGGUGUUGGAUGGUGACUGGAGAAAGGCAGGCGGCUCGGAUAAGAGGGCUAUACUUGAAGACUAUAUUGAGGCAAGAUAUAGAGUUCUUUGAUACUCAAACAUCAACAGGAGAGAUCAUUGAGAGAAUGUCGGGCGAUACGAUUCUCAUUCAAGACGCCAUGGGUGAAAAAGUGGGAAAAUUCAUUCAAUUUUCUUCGACAUUCUUUGGGGGCUUUAUUAUUGCUUUCUGUAGAGGAUGGCGCCUGGCGCUCGUCUUGUGUACGUGCAUACCUGCUCUUGGUGUAGCAGGAGCAACUACGGCUAUACUCAUGGGGAAGAUGGCGACUCUUGGACAAGCGGCUUAUGCUGAGGCCGGAAAUGUAGUUGAUCAAACAGUUGGAGCUAUUAGGACGGUUCAAUCCUUUACUGGUGAGGAACAAGCCAUGGAGAAGUAUGACAGCAAACUUGUUAUUGCUUACAAGGCUACUUUGAAACAAGGGCUAGCUUCGGGCACGGGAUUCGGCUGCAUGUUGUUUUUUAUCUUCUCCACAUAUGGACUUGCUGUUUGGUAUGGAGGCAAGCUGAUUAUCACCGAAGGAUACAGUGGAGGGAAAGUUGUUAAUGUUAUCAUGUCCAUCAUGACAGGGGGAAUAGCAAUUGGCCAGACUUUUCCAUGUGUAAACGCGUUUGCAGCAGGUCAAGCUGCCGCGUACAAGAUGUUUGAGACCAUCAAGCGUAAACCAAAAAUUGAUGCUGAUUGUGAUGGGAUUGUGUUGGAAGAUAUCAAAGGUGACAUUGAGCUAAAAGAAGUGUAUUUCAGAUAUCCAGCAAGGCCAGAAGUUCAGAUAUUUCAAGGAUUCUCAAUGUCCAUAUCUAGUGGGAAGACUGCUGCUUUGGUUGGGCAGAGUGGAAGUGGGAAAUCAACGGUGAUUAGCUUGGUGGAGAGGUUUUAUGAUCCUGAAGCUGGAGAAAUACUGAUUGAUGGUGUUAACUUGAAGCAGUUGAAGCUGAAAUGGAUCAGGGGAAAGAUUGGACUUGUGAGCCAGGAACCUAUCUUAUUUGCUACGUCCAUUAUGGAGAACAUACUAUACGGCAAAGAAGAUGCAACAGAAAAAGAGAUACGAAGGGCUAUUCAGCUUGCUAAUGCUGCUAGAUUCAUCGACAAGUUGCCACAAGGUCUUGAUACAAUGGUGGGAGAACAUGGCACCCAGCUCUCUGGGGGUCAGAAGCAGAGAAUUGCAAUUGCUCGUGCCAUUCUGAAAGAUCCCAGAAUCCUCCUUCUUGAUGAAGCAACGAGCGCUCUGGAUGCUGAAUCAGAACGAACAGUUCAGGAAGCGCUAGAGAAUGUCAUGAGAAACCGUACAACAGUGGUGGUUGCACAUCGUUUGACAACUAUUAGGAAUUCUGAUAUGAUAGCUGUUGUGCAUCUUGGGAAGCUGGUAGAGAAAGGCACACAUGAUGAACUGAUGACAGAUCCAGAGGGAGCUUAUGCGCAGCUUGUUCGGAUGCAAGAAAGGGCCAGUGAUACUGAAACUAGUACCAGUGGUCAAGAAGUGAUCCCUCAUGCCUCUGACAUACGCUUGAGCGCAUCUGAGGGAAGCUUGAGCAGAUCUGAAAGACAGAGUUUCUCCAUACGCAAAUCCACAGGCAAUGACUCAUCAAGGCACUCAUUCUCACUUUACGGUCUUCCUAACUUUGACAUGCGCGAGAUCCAGCCUACAGAAGACGAAAUAGAACAGCAACAGCCUGAUGAAAGCGCAUUGAAGAGACGCAGCAAAUUUUCUAUCAGACGGCUAGCAUCUAUGAACAAACCCGAAGCACCAUAUUUGCUACUUGGAUGUGUAGGUGCAGGAGUGCAAGGGUUGGUUUUCCCUAUGUUCGGUCUUCUGCUGUCAACAGCUAUCAAAAUCUUCUUUGAACCUCCGAAUCAGCUCAGGAAUGAUUCCAUAUUCUGGGGACUAAUGAUGGUUGUGCUAGGCCUCACUACUCUGCUGGCCCUUCCUGUACAGAAUUACUUCUUUGGAGUUGCUGGUGGUAAAUUAAUUCAAAGGAUUCGUUCUAUGUCCUUCAAGAAGGUCGUUCACCAAGAGAUCAGUUGGUUUGAUGAUCCUGCAAACUCAAGCCUGGUGGGGGAUGCUUUGGGACUAAUCGCCCAAAAUGUAUCCACCUGUAUAGCAGGUCUCGUCAUUGCCUUCACUGCUAACUGGUUGCUGGCCAUCAUAAUCCUACUUGUCCUGCCUCUCGUUGGAAUGCAAGGAUUCUUGCAGAUGAGAUUCUACGAAGGCUUCUCUGCUGAUGCAAAGGUCAUGUAUGAAGAGGCAAGUCAAAUAGCAAACGAAGCUGUUAGCAGUAUCAGAACAGUAGCUUCGUUCAAUGCUGAGGACAAGGUGAUGAAGAUGUACGAGAAGAAAUGCGAGGGUCCUCUGAAGCAAGGAGUCAGGCUCGGAGUUGUUAGUGGUGCAGGGUUAGGUGUUGGUUCGUUGGUGCUCUACUGCACUCAGGCCUUCUGUUUCUACAUUGGAUCUCUUCUUAUUCAAGAUGGUAAAGCAUCAUUCGGAGAAGUAUUCAAGGUUUUCUUCGCCUUAACCAUGUCCGCGGCUGGAAUCUCCCAAGCUAGCGCUACAGCUCCGGAUGUCAACAAAGUGAAAGACUCUGCUGCCUCUAUUUUUGAGCUGCUCGACAGCAAACCUAAGAUUGAUUCAAGCAAAGAGGAAGGUAUAACAUUGACUAGUGUUCGUGGUGAGAUUCAUUUUCUACAUGUGAGUUUCAAGUAUCCCACACGGCCCGACAUUCCAAUCUUCAGAGAUUUAUGCUUAUCCAUACCUUCUGGCAAGACAGUUGCUCUAGUUGGAGAGAGCGGCAGUGGAAAAUCAACCGUCAUCGCUCUGAUAGAGAGAUUUUACAAUCCUGACUCAGGCCAAAUUUUAAUGGACGGAGUAGAACUUAGGAGGUUGAAGCUUAGUUGGCUAAGGCAACAGAUGGGGCUGGUGAGCCAGGAGCCGGUGCUCUUCAACGACACAAUCCGAGCCAACAUCGCGUAUGGUAAAAGUGGAGAGGUGACAGAAGAAGAGAUCAUCAAUGCCACAAAAGCAGCCAAUGCUCACAAUUUCAUCUCCGCAUUGCCUAAUGGCUAUGACACCGGCGUUGGGGAGAGAGGCGUGCAGUUAUCAGGCGGCCAGAAGCAACGGAUUGCCAUUUCUCGAGCAAUACUGAAGGACCCCAAGAUCCUUCUUCUUGAUGAGGCGACAAGCGCGCUGGAUGCUGAGUCGGAGAGGAUAGUGCAGGACGCGUUAGACCGAGUGAUGGUGAACAGAACCACGGUUGUGGUGGCGCAUCGCCUAACAACGAUAAUGGGGGCGGAUGCCAUUGCGGUGGUGAAGAACGGAGUUAUCUGUGAGAAGGGAAAACAUGAUGUGCUGAUGAAGAUUGAUGAGGGAGUCUAUGCAUCCUUGGUUGCUCUUCAUGCAACUUCACAGUGAUUUUAAAUGUGCACUGAUGAAUAUCUCAUUUCU